UCAUCCCUUAGGGCGAAAAAGAGCCCCAACCUCAUGAAGAAAAUAAAGAGAGAAGACAGAAAAAGAAAAAAACUAUUAAUUAAAUUGAUCUUUCUUAUAUAUACAAGACAUGAACUUUUAUAAGUUACACUAUCAUAUCCUUUCCCCAUAGCAGAUGGCUAACAGCCUUCUUCUUCUUCUUCUUCUUCUUCUUCUUCUUUUUCCUCUUCCUACAAAUAUAUAAUAUUACAAUUUCAAAGAAUUAAACUCAGCACUGUCAGCCAUGGAAGCUUCUUCCCAGUCUCUAUCCAUAGAAAGCUUCUCAUACAGUUGGUUGGUGAACAUGAGAUCAUCCUUUGACAUUAGCUGUGGCAAUUCCUUCAGAACCUCUCUUGAUGAAGCUUCCUUCAUUGAAAUGGAUCCUACAAUGCCACCCUCCAAGAGAUUCUACUUCACUAAUUCCUCUCGGCCUUCUCACGACUUCAAAUUCCCCGCUCUCUCCCCGUCUCCCUCGCUCCCUCUCGUACAUGCUGACCAGCUCAUCUCCAACGGCUACCUCGUCCCCUUGCAAGCGUACGAGGGCGUAUUGGGUGCCAUGAUAGGUUCACCCGAUGUUAAGCUCACGGCAGAGCCACCGGGGAAAUCGGAGUCGUUGAGGAAGUGUUGCAGGAGAUUAUCAAGGCAGAUUUUUGAGAAAUAUUUGAACUUUUUAAGGCCACUUUGCAGAAGGUUUCAAAGGGUAGGAGGAGGAGGAAAUUGUGGGAAUGGUAAAUUAGGAGGGAAGAAGUUGUUGUUCCAUGGUGGAACUACAAGAGAAGCUCAUCAUCAGUGUUUUGAUGAAUGGAGAAGAUCUUCUUGUGAUUCUGAGACCUCAAUUUAUGAUGCAGUUCUUCACUGCAAAAACUCCAUAGGAAAAUGAAGAGGAGAAAAAGAAAAGGGGGAAGAAAAGGAUGAUGAUGAUGAUGAACAUAAGGGCAAUACAGUUGUUGUUGUUUGUCUGUUUUGUUUGUGUAAUUUGUGGGAUGGGAAAAUGCAAUAGUGUUUUGUCAUUGUGAGUUAAAGAAGAAUCUGUUUGGAUCAUGAGAGUGGAAAAAUUGUGGCCUUUGAUGGAAGGGAAAAAGGGCUAUCAUAUUAAAUUUUUGUUGUCUUUAUUCCUUGUGAAACACAGACCACUAAAUUUAAGGACACAAAAUCUCUCCCUUUCUUCUUCUUCUUCCUCCUCCUUUCUUUUUUGCUGUGAGAGACCACUCCCACACUUUUCCUAUUUCAAAGUUUUCUGUCAUAAAUACAAUCAAACAACAAGGGUCUCAUGCUGAUUUGGACUUCAA